GACGGGACAACCCUGGAAUACCAAUUGUUACGCCCACCAUCUAUAUGGCGCCCAUCGAUCGCCGCGGGCAUCGACAGCAGCGCGUGCGCGGCGCUGGGCCGUCUUCUGUACAGGCCUCUUUCGGCUUCAAUUUUGGCGCGCUCGGAGCUCCACCUGCAAAGCAAUCUUCCCUUCCCCCCAAACCAGCGGCGCGUCGAACACCAGCCCAGAGUACACCGCGCGGCGCGAAUGGAUCCGCUCAGCGGCACCGAAGCGCGUCGGCUCAGCGGAGUGGUAGCUCGAAGCGAAAGAGCACGCCCAAAGACCUCACCGUGACGCCGUCCUUAGGCAAGAGGAAGCGGGGCUCGACACACGCGCAACCAGGCCCAGACGACGAAGAGGAGGACGAGCUCAGCCCGGAGCGGGAAGAAAAUGUACGCUCGAUUGAGAAGAGCAGGAGGGUUGUGGGUACGGUCUCGCCCAUACGGGAAGAACUUGACGAUGUGCCGGAUGAACUAUCAAUCCUGGAUGAGGGCGGAAGUGCUGCGCGCAAGUCGGUUUUGAACAGGACUAUGGUUAUGAAUGCCACGCCUGUGUCAGUCCUGGCGAAAAAGCGGGCUUCUUCUAGUGGUGGGCGACACAAGACGCCCAAUACAGACACGGCUAGGAGCCUGUCUGUUACUUCACGGCAAUCGAUCUCGCGAAGAUCAAAAUCCACAGACCCUGGACCUGAGACACCUAGUGUGCUUCCAAACGGCCGACCGAGUAUUGUGUUAGCCUCCCGUUCUGGGCCCGAGUUCAACACACCAGGCGCUGCCCAGGAAGAGGAGAGUGAAGACGAGCUAUCACCACAGAUAAGUGAAGUCAUUCCACGUGUUGUCGCAAAGGAGCCACGAUCACAAUCCAACACACGAGAUGACAAUGAGAUGGAGGUGGAUGAGUUGUCUUCGCCGAUACCACAUGCGCUAAUCCACGAGACAUCGGGUGCACAAAAUGUAGAAAAGGGGCAAAGUCCGAGCAAGGAACCAGGGCCAGCUACUGUACACUCACCGGCUAAGACCAUUAGGCCACAAUCGGUAGGGGGUAGUGAAGAAGACGAACCUGUCACAAGUGCCCCAACUGUUACGUCUACUCAACGCGGAAGCCCGCAGAAACCUGGCAAUCAGGCAACACCAGCAACACGUAAACCUAGAAAGAUAAGGAAACCGGAUACACCGGUGGAAGAAAAAGUGGACGAAGAAUUAGAGGAGCUCUUCCCCGAGACUGAACGAGUGCACCGCCCUGGGAAAGAUGCUAGACACGAGAAGGAAGUUGUAGAAGUCUCUGAAGUCUCUGAUGUUGAAAGGGAGUCGGAUGAAUACGAGGAGCCAGAGCCCGAAGAGGGGCUAAAUCCCACCCCUCGACCUAUUGCGAGAUAUCCGUCACCCAAGCAUGUACAGCGUGUCAAACCUUCCUCCGAAAAGCCAUCACGUAAGCGCCAGAAGUUCUCCGGACCUAGACAAGCCAUUUCAGUCAUGCGUAUCAAAGGGUCAACAGUACGUGGUAUCACAGUGGCCGACACAACACGUACGAUUCUGGAAGAGACUAUCGACCAUCGUCUCAACCGCAUUGCCGAGAAAAUACAAACGUCGUCAGAUGUGGCACAGAGAAAAGCCUUGCGCAGCGAGAUCAAUCUGUCACUCUCGUUCAAAGAAAGCCUGAAUGAGAAGCUGCUCGACCUACAGGACGCUAAUGAUGUCCUAAGCAUAAACUUGAAGAAAAUGAAGCUUUUCAAACGCGAUAACGCCGAGCUAAGGAAGGACAUCCUCGCCCUCCAGAACAAUAGACAGGAGGUUGCAUUAGAGCACGACGACGUCCAAGCGGAGUUUGAAGCUGAGAAGGCGAUAGUUGAAACGAGAAAUACGCUGAGCGCCAACAUGUUUGAUAUUGAAGCUGCGAUUCAAAAUGGCCGCGAGAGUGCACGCAAAGAGGGCAGAGAGGACGAAGGUCCGGAAAUUCCACUAAGCAUGUUACUUGAGACGGUGGGGGGAGAUGUUGGAUCAUUCGGUGGUGGUUUAUUAAGCAACGUCAAGGGGUUCAAUGGCCUUUUGGAGCGAGCUGCUGGAUGGUUAGAAGGCAGGGCUUGAAUCGUUUUCUUGUCGACGCGGUCAUUUGGUUAAGACCACUUUGGUUUUAGGUUGCAUUUCGUUCAUGGGAUACCCGGCAAUAUUGCCAAUGGAAGGAUGGAGUUUAUUGCACUUCUAACUCUAAUUUGAUCUCAGCACUGGAAUUGUAGUCCAUAUCGUCUAUGCCCCAUCACCAGUACCAGUCUGGCUGGAGAAGUGCACUAUUUCGGAGGGUUAAUUGAGGCUGACUCAGC